CUUUAACUCUCAACCAGAGAUUCCUUCGAUCAUCUUCCCGAAGAUGGGAAAAUACAUAAAGAAGUCAAAGAUCGCCGGAGCCCUUUCCAUAAAAGAUAUCUCUCACCAAACCACUUCUGUUUUUCGCACCCGAGCCGCCAAGAACCUCGCCUUGCAGCGUCUCCGAUCCCAUACCACUCCUCCAUCUUUCGACGCAGACUCGUUUCGAUACCUCCAGCUCCGGAGCCGCCGUCUCGUUAAGCUUCCUUUACUCGGAGAUACAAGGAAACACCAGCAGAAACAGGUGACAAACGGUGUCGUUAAACGUGAAACAAGAAACCCUAGAGCUAACUCGGAGAAAUCUGAGUCAGAGACAACGAAACCGGAAGAAGAUUGUGGUAGUAACUUGGUGAAGACUGGUUCUGAUUGUAGUUUUGAAGAGAAAGGUUCCGAGUUCGAAUCAGGAGACAGAGAAACGACGCCGUGUAGCUUGAGAAGAGACUCAGAAGAAGCUACACAAAGUGUUCCUUCUCGUGAGAUUGAAGACUUCUUUGCAUUCGCAGAGCAGCAACAACAGAGAUACUUCACUGAAAAGUACAACUUUGACAUUGUGUCGGAAAAUCCAUUGCCAGGACGUUACGAAUGGAUCAAAGUGGUGGUGCCAUGAAUGUGUUUUGUUGUAACAUGGUGUUGUAAAGUUGUAUGAUUUAUUAGGAAGAUCUGUGUUGGAACAGAGGCAAUGAAAAUUGCACAGACUAACAAAGACUAGCCUACUAAAAAAAAACCCAAACAUAAGGGUCUUUUUGAGGGGUUGGGGUUAACUUGUUAGUUAAGGUAAUAAUGUAAUGUUUAAUCUCUCUAAUUUUCAAGAAAUAAAUAAUAAUUUAAAUUUUUA